UCCAAUAAAACAUUGCUGGUUAACACAAGUUAACGUUUGACUAGAAAAGGAUGCAGCUGCUCAGACCACACUGAGGCCUCAAGAGUGAGUCGCUCAAUCGCUCCGAUAAGAGUGUGAACAUGACACCCAUGAUGCAUCUGUUGUUGCUCCCGCUCCUUUGCAGCAUUGUUGCUGGGAAGGACCUGGAUGAAAAGAAGGGCGCGUUCGAGAACACAGCGCUGGAUGUGCCGGAGGACACACCGGUGCCGUAUCCCGUGCAUCAGUUUCAAGUGGCCCAUCCAGGGGUUAAUAGCUUCAGGUUGAGUGGAGAAGGUAAGGAAGACAUCAAGAUUUCAAAGGACGGGUGGCUCUACCUGGAAAAGCCUCUGGACUGGUCCCAAGAUGACCAUUACACCAUAAUGGUGGAGGCGCUGGCAGAUGAUGAAGUUGUGGAAGGACCAGUUUAUGUGACCAUAAAUGUUUUGGACGUCAACAACAACGCUCCAUUCUUCAACCAGAGCGUGUACACAGCUGCUGUCAGGGAAAACCAUCCAGCGGGUGUCCCAUUUAUUCGCGUGUUUGCGUCGGAUCACGACGACCCGGAGACUCCCAACGCUCGUCUGAGCUACAGCCUGGUCAGCCAGAUCCCCAACAAACCCCCCACCCCCCUGUUCCACAUCGACCCCGACACCGGAGAGAUCUCCACCACAGAAGCAGGGACACAGCAGCUCAAAGCCAGGGAAGGCAUCCGUUAUGGCAGAGGAGAAGACCAGAGCAUUGAUGCUCUGAGGACAAAGUUUAACGACUACUGUCCAGUGCAGAAGAUCCCCUUCGACGAAAACCCCUUCUUCACCUGCGUGGAAAGAGCAGAGAUUAGGAGGAGAAAUGUGGACCCCUUGGAGGACCCAGACUACACCCUGACAGUGCGCGUGCAGGACCUGGGAGGAGCGUCGGAGACAGCGCUGAGUGGCAACACCAGGGUGCAGAUUGUUGUGCAGCAGAACCUGUGGGUCAAUCCUGGACCCAUUACUGUUAGAGAGCACUUAAAGGAAACGUACCCUGUGGUCAUCGCAAAGGUCGAGUCUAAUGAUCCGGACGCCGUGUACGUGUUAAUGCAGAAAGAACGAGAGCAGAAAUUCCCCUUCCAGAUCACACCGGAUGGAGAAAUACAUCUGACAGAGGAGCUGGACAGAGAAGACAAAGACAUGUACAUCCUGGUGGUGUUCGCAUUAGAUAUCGACGACAAACAGGUGGAAUCACCAAUGGAGAUUCAGGUCUUGGUGGAGGAUGUGAACGACAACGCACCAGUUUGUGUACAUCAGGAGAGUGUGUUUGAGGUGCAGGAGGGUGAGCCGGGAGGCAGCCUGGUCGGCCUUUUGUUGGCCCGUGACGACGAUCAAGCCGGGACACUGAACUCUCAGCUGACUUACGCCAUCGUGUCCCAAGAUCCACUCAACUCAGCCAACGUCUUCUCCAUCGACGCUGCUUCUGGAAGAAUCCAGGUCCUGCGGCCGCUGCAGCGCAGAGACCAGCAGACGUUCAACCUCAACGUCAGAGUCAACGACGCAGGUUUCAGCACAGAAUGUAAGGUCGUCGUCAAGGUCAUCGACAUCAACAACGAGUUGCCCCUUUUCGAGGAGAACAACUAUGGCGGUCACACUCUAUCGGAGGACACCCCAGUGGGACACACGGUGGUGACCAUCAGAGCAUCAGACGCUGAUGACCCCGACAGCGGCAGCUCCCUCAUUGAGUUCACGAUCACCGCCGGCGACGACGAAGGGAUUUUCACCGUGAAAACCGACGGGAAAGGCGUCGGCCAUCUGGUCGUAGUUAAGCCUCUGGACUUCGAGUCCUCCGCCUCCUACAGGCUCCAGAUAGAUGCUCGUAACCCAGAGCCGCUGGUGAAGGGUCUGGAGUACGGCAGCGAAUCCACAGCCUCCGUCUCAGUGUCUCUCACCGACGUGGACGAGGCUCCUGAGUUCAGUCUGGACAUCCUGGAUGUGACUGUGCCCGAAGACACCACCAAGGGAUCGGUGCUGCUCACUGUGCAGGCGAAGGAUCCAGAGGGCAAAGAGAUCAGUUUUAAGAUGGACGGUGACACUCGCGGCUGGCUGACGAUCGAUGCCGCCACAGGAGAGAUCAAGACAAAAGACAAGUUGGACAGAGAGAUCCAGGAGACUUUUGAAGUCACUGUCACUGCGUUUGAGAAGGAUAAUCCGGUAAAGUUGUCUGAGCGUGUCGUUCAUGUGAGGCUGCUGGAUGUGAACGACAACGUGCCCAAACUGAUGGAGACCCAGGCCUUCAUCUGUGUGAGGAAGCCUCAACCUGUGAUCAUCAAGGCCCAAGACGCGGACAGCAGCCCCUUCUCCCAGCCCUUCACCUUCGCUUUCGCCCACGGCAAGAAAUCCCCCAACUGGGAACUGAAAAGUAUCGACGCUACAGCAGCUAAGCUGACCCUGAGGAAAGCACCGACGGAAGAUAAAACUUUCAUUCUCCCCAUUAAUAUCAAAGACAACGCCGGCAUGGGGAUCACACAAUCGUUUGAGGUGCGAGUGUGUAACUGCACGGAUCUGGGCUACUGCUACAUUGCACCGGAGGAACGGGCCCUGGGUUAUGGGAUAGGACCCACCAUCGGGAUCAUUGGUGGCACUGUUGGUUUCUGCAUUAUUGCUUUCAUCAUAGUGAUCAAACGUUCGAACAAAAGGAACAAGAAGACGACCCUGGCUGACGGAGAAGAGAGGGCCUUUAUGUAGUCACACACAAACACAUAUUUCUACUUCUAUACAAAGGACUUUCUCUGUCACAUUUCCGUGCGCCAUCCUCAAACCAAGACCUGGCAGAUUACAGUUGUUUUUGCAGUUGCUUUAAAAAAUAAUUAUUAACACCCACACACAUUCAUACAUAACAUUAUUUUAUUUACAGGAUAGAGCCGCUUUGUCAAUGCUUUGAAUACCUAAUUACAGUCACAUGUCCCAUUCUAAUCAUGCAUAUGUGCGUUGAGAUAUAAACUAAAGACAUUUGUGUAUAAUAACAAAAACAGUCUUUUGUGAGAAGCGACCUCUAUUUCUAAUAAAC